UUGAUAAAAAUCAAUUUGAAGGUUGCAUAAAAACGCAGUAAUUUUUAACCUUAGGAACGUCUUUUGAUCGAGUAGUACUUGUAUACAUUACUCAUCUAUUUUUGUAUCACUAUUGCACAACCGGAUUGAUUCGUGGAGUGUUCUAAAUUUACCAACCUUUCCAUUAUUUCGUUUCUUUUUUUUUAAUUAAAACUUUCAAUUACAAGUAAUGUCGAAAAUGACACGAGAUUUAGACGUAAUAGUCUUUGGGGCGACCGGUUUUACUGGAAAACAUUGUCUCCCUUUGAUUGAAAAAUUUUCAAAAAAGCUGCAAUUGAAAUGGGGCGUGGCUGGCCGUUCCGAGCAAAAACUGAAAGAAUUUCUAGGCCAGUGCGAGAAACAAACAGGGACUUCCCUUGAGAAAGUCCCAAUUAUCGUUGCCAACGUGCAAGACGAAGAAACCUUAAGGGAAAUGGCUCGCAAGGCCCGGAUUAUUAUAAAUUGUUGCGGGCCUUAUCGCUUUUUCGGGGAGCCGGUCGUCAAGGCGUGUGUCGAAGAGGGCACCCACCAUGUCGAUGUCAGCGGAGAGCCCCAAUACAUGGAAACAAUGCAAUUGAAAUAUCACUCAAAGGCCCAAGAAAAAGGGAUUUAUAUAAUCAGCGCUUGCGGUUUUGACAGUAUACCAUCCGAUUUAGGGGUAAUUUUCUUGCAAAAGAAGUUUAACGGGACAUUGAACUCCGUUACUACCUUUAUGGAAGCGUGGGAGGAAGAUGGGGCAACUGCAGGAUCAGCGGUUAAUUAUGGGACUUGGGAAUCCGCUGUUUAUGGUUUAGGUUUUGCUAAUGAAUUGAGGACUUUGAGGACACAGUUAUUUCCGACUAGAUUACCGAGUUUUAAGCCGAAAUUGCCGUUAAAAACCGUUCCACAUAAAAACGAUUUGGUGGAAGGUUGGGUUCUGCCAUUUUUGGGGUCUGAUAAGUCGGUUAUCCGACGCACACAACGUCUUUUCUACGAAAAAGACUCCAAACGACCAGUUCAAGUCGAAACUUAUUUCAUUCUAAAAUCAUUUAUGAGUGUUAUAGGAAUGAUGAUUCUGGGCUUGAUUUUUUCGAUUUUAGCGAAAUUCGAGUUUGGCCGAAAUCUCUUGCUUAAGUACCCGGAAAAGUUCAGUUUUGGAUUCUUCAGUCGCGAUCCGCCCAGCGAGGAGAGAAUUGCAAAGGCCCGUUUUAGUGUCACUUUGUAUGGAGAAGGUUGGAAGGAAACUCUUCCAGAUGCAAACGAUGAAUAUACCACGCCUCCAAAUAAAGCAAUUGCGGCUAAAGUUAAAGGAAAAAAUCCAGGUUAUGGGGCUACGUGUGUUUGCUUGGUGCUUGCUGCCUUAACUGUUAUUACUGAGACUGAUAAAAUGCCACCCGGUGGUGGGGUGUACCCACCGGGGUAUGCUUUCGCAAAAACGUCACUGAUUGAGCAGUUGGACCAAAAUGAAGUCAAUUUUGAAGUGUUGUUUGAGAAGGAUUUACCCGCUUCUAAAUAUUAAACAGUUUGAGAGUGAUUUCAGAGUUUAUUUAACCGUUAUUAACAUUUUAUUAAUUUGUAUCGUGUUUAUGGUGUGUAUAAUAAAAAUUGAGUUGUAAAAAAGGUACUUUUAUUUAAAUCCUUCAAAAAGAGAUACCAUAA